AUGACACAUGAUGUCCAGACCCUCAUUGCUUCCGCUUCGUCUUCUUCUUCUGUUGCCUCUGCUUCGGUUUCGGGUCAGAGUCAGAUUCACGAAGCUGUUGAAAGGUCGAGUCUGCAUUCUUCGAAUGCGGUUUCGUCUAUGGCCAAGUCUCUGCUUCCGACUAGGAGGAGGCUCCGGCUUGAUCCUCCCAACAAGCUCUUCUUUCCCUAUGAACCUGGUAAGCAGGUUAGGAGCGCUGUUGGAAUUAAAAACAUCUGCAAGUCUCAUGUAGCUUUCAAGUUCCAAACAACUGCACCAAAGAGUUGUUAUAUGCGUCCUCCAGGCGGUAUACUUUCUCCUGGUGAAAGUAUAAUUGCAACUGUUUUCAAGUUUGUUGAGCCUCCAGAGAGCAAUGAGAAACCAAUCGAUCACAGGAGCAAGGUUAAGUUCAAAAUCAUGAGCUUAAAGGUCAAAGGGGAAAUGGACUAUGUACCAGAACUGUUUGAUGAGCAAAGGGAUCAAGUAGCAGUUGAGCAAAUUUUGCGGGUUGUUUUCCUUGAUCCUGAACGUCCUACCCCAGCACUGGAAAAACUUAAGCGGCAGUUGGCUGAGGCAGAGGCUGCACUCGAGACACGCAAGAAGCCUCCAGAAGAGACCGGUCCACGAAUUCUCGGGGAAGGACUUGUUAUUGAUGAAUGGAAAGAACGGAGGGAAAGAUACUUGGCCCGGCAGCAGCAGGUUGAAGGGGUUGAUUCAGUGUAAAGUGCUGUUGUUUCCUUCAUGUUUUCUGCAUUUAUCAUUCUAGAGCAGAAGUUCUAUAUUGUGAUCAUGAAUUACUCGCCAAGUGAACAUCCUUAGAGGAGAUAGAGGCCAGC